UGUCAUUCAAAUGACAAUUUAGAGAAAUUAAUAUUUCAUUUUAGACAUAUUAUCUUGUUAGUAAAAUGGGUUGUGACGGAGGUACUAUUCCGAGAAGAGACGAACUCGUUAGAGUUAAAAAGAAGCCAGAAACAAAGGAUAAAGAUGCCGAACUUGCUUUUAAAUGGAAAUGUUGUGCUAUUACUCAAGAAUCCUUACAAGAGCCGAUUGUCGUGUGCCAUUUGGGGAAAUUGUACAAUAAGACGUCUCUAAUUGAAGCUUUACUAGACAGACGAACUAUAUCCGAAUCUAUUAAACAUAUAAAGAACUUGAAAGAUGUAAAAGAUUUGAAACUUACUCCGAAUCCAGAGUUUUUAAAACAAGAAAGUAAGAAAGAGGGAUCGUUAGAUGAUCGAGUGACUCCGUAUAUUUGUCCCGUACUGGGACUGGAAAUGAGUGGAAAAUUUAGGUUUGUAGCAGUUUGGUCGUGUGGUUGCGUGUUUUCAGAACGUGCUUUAAAAGAAAUCGGCACUAAAAAUUGUCAUAAAUGCACCAAACCAUUCGAAGACGAUGACAUCGUUGUAAUAAAUGGAAACGAUGAAGAUUUGGAAUUAAUGAAAACUAGAAUGGAAAAGAGACGUCAAAAUCAGAAGAAAAACAAAGUCAAAAAAAUCAAACAAGAAGUUCCAGAAAGUACAAACAUAGAAACGAUAACCGUUGAUAAUAAAAGUGUUAAAAGAAAUCCUGGUCCGUCUACAAUCGAAAAUUCAUCGAAGAAACUUAAAGUUCAGGAUAAUUUAUCCCAUUCCAAGAUUGGUAAUAUGAUAUCAGUUGGGAAAGUGACAAAAGCUGAGGAAUUGAGGAAAAUCAAACCUGAUUAUAGUGUGGCUAAAGACAAACAAGUUUCUAAUGUAUAUAAAUCUUUAUUCACCAGUCAUCAAUCAGAAAAAGAGCAGGAUAGAGCUCAUUGGGUCACUUAUAAUCCAUUUUAUAAUUAAUAAAUAAGUUUUCUUGAUAUGUAAUUGUAUUUUUGAAUUAUCGAGUGUAAAUACAUUUUUAACAAAAAAAUUCUUAAUUUUUAUGCAUUAACAAUUAAUUUAGUUCCGUUUUUAACUUUGUGUCACUGAUAGAAUUUUUUGAAUUGACUAAAUACAUCAAUAAAAAUUAAUAAACAAAUGGAAUUUUCUAAAAUAUCCAACUCUGAAGGAUUUUAGUUUUUAAAAAUACUCAUUUGAGUUUGUAAAAACAAAUUUUUUGAAUAAAAAUUAAUUUUUGUUUAGUAUUAAUGAAAAA